CGGAACUUGUGUGUGGCACUGCUGGGCACCGAUCAUCAGGGCACUGAUGAUCAGUGAUCCUGAUGAUCGGUGCCGAUCCCCGCUCUGACAACUGCCGGUUUUCGGCAGCACUUUCCUCCCGCUCUGACAGCGUGAGGAAAGUGCAGCCGAGAACCAGCAUUUGCAUUUCCCGGUGAUCAGGAUCGGCACCAAUCAUCAGGGCACUGAUGAUCAGUGUCCUGAUGAUCGGUGCCCAGCAGUGCCACCCACCAGUGCCGCCCACAAGUGCCCAGCAGUGCCGCCCACAAGUGCCGCACAUCAGUGCUGCCCAGCAGUGCCUCCAGUCAGUGCCCAGCAGUGCCGCCAGUCAGUGCCCAUCAUUG